GAAACCGCGAUUUCCUGUGACUGCUGAUUGGCGGUUGGGGGUUGGAUUCAAAAUACUGGCUCCACCCAUCUGACGUCACGCAGAGCACACAACACGGAAGCGAAGGAUUACCGUCGCCCGCUGCUGACCCUGCUCCCGUCAAAAAGGUCUCCCAUGUGCACCGAUGUGUCUGACAGGGGAAGGUUUGCCACUUGUUCUGUGACGAUGAUGAACACUUAGUUAGUCCUAUCAGUACUCCAAUGGAAGCUCCAGUCACAGCUCCGCCCCCCCCUAACUCCUCCACCCAGCCCGCGCCCAUCCCCCUGCGCCCGGCAGUGGCCCCGUCGGUGCAGCUGGGCUUCACCAUCCUCUAUACCUCUCUGUACGCCGGACUCUUCCUGGUGGUGUACGCCCAGCUGUGGCGCCUCUACCUGUACAGACACAAGAGAUGGAGCUACCAGAGCGUCUUCCUGUUCCUCUGCCUGCUGUGGGCGGCCCUCCGCACCACCCUCUUCUCCUUCUACUUCUGUAACGCUCUGGAGGCCAACCACCUGCCUGCGGCCGCGUACUGGCUGCUCUACUGCUCCCCCGUCUGCCUGCAGUUCUUCACCCUCAGCCUCAUCAACCUGUACUUCACUCAGGUGUUACUCAAAGUGAGAGAGACGUACAGCUCAGACGUGGACAGAGGAAUAUGGCUGGCGCGCUGCAUGUACGGUGCGAUGAGCGCUCUCUUCUUCUGCGUGAACGUGGUCUGUGCGGCUCUCAGGGACGGGGGGGAUGGAGGGUCUGGGGAGCGGACCUGGAAUCUGGUCCUGGUUCGAGUCCUGGUCAACGACUCGCUCUUCAUCCUGGACGCGGUGCUGCUGGCCGCUCUGCUGAUGCUGCUGGCCCGCCACUCACACUCCACCAACCCCUACCUGAUCAGCAAGGGCACCACGGUGUGUCGUACAGCUGCACUGGGAGCAGCGGUGAUCUUAUUGUUCUCCAGUCGAGCCUGCUACAACCUGACGGUGCUCAUCCUGUCUCAGAGCCAGCGGGUGGAGUCCUUCAACUUCGACUGGUACAACGUCUCCGACCAGGCUGACCUGCGCAGUGAGCUGGGCGACGCAGGCUACCUGGCCUUCGGUGCCAUCCUCUUCAUCUGGGAGCUGCUCCCCACCGGCCUCCUCAUCCUCAUCCUCAGAGUGCGCCGGCCCGCUCAAGAGAGCAGCAGCAUGGCCGUCAACAACAGGGUCUUACCUCGACCGUAUUUCUUUGACGACCCUCAAGGUAGCGAUGAGGAUGCUCCGAUGCCGUGGGCACGCGCCUCCCACCCACAGAGGAAAAGACCAAGCAUCAGAGGGCAAACAUGAGAAAAUAGUAGUAACUACAUUUCUGAAUCCAGGGCUAACUAAGACACCAGAGACCACUUUGGAUAUUGUUACUGCGCAAAGGAAAAGUGUAUGUGUAUAUGUGGGUAUACAUAUGUGAGUAUAUGGGUACAAGUAUUACUGUUACUAUUCUUUAUUCCCUUAUCUAUAAAUGUUCUUUUAAUAUUAUCUUCUACAUUACUUUACUUUUACCUAUACAUGUAUCUAUUUUAUUUAGUUAGUUAUUUAAUUUACUAGCUAGGACCGGGAGGGGGGGAAAGGGGAAAAAUAAAUAAAAAUAUUGACUGUAUAAAUGUAAACUCAUUGUGCCUGACUCAAUACAAAAAAUAUUUAAAAAAAGAAAGCUAAGGGGGAAGCUAGGUUUAUUUUUCAGAAACAAAUCCUGUUUCUCGCUUGAGGCCAGGAAAAGGCUCUGUGACCUUUUUACCUGUGCUGGACUAUGGUGAUCUGAUCUAUAUGAAUGCACCUGCCCAUUACCUGCACAAGUAAGAUGCUGCCUAUCACAGUGCACUGAGAUUUGUUACUAACUGUACAGCACUUACACAUUACUGUACCCUGUAUACCAAGGCAGGUUUGCCAUCACGUACUGUACGGAGGCUCAGUCACUGGUACAUGUUCAUAUAUAAAGCCAUGUUGGGUAAACUCCCAUCUUACAUCUGCUCUCUGAUCACACAGAGAGUUGCAAGCAGCUAUUCUCUGAGAUUACAUGAUGUAAAAAAGCUUUUAUGUGCGCAGCUCCUCUUGCUUGGAACAGUCUUCAAAAAGAUUUGAAACUGAGCAAAUUGGUUCCACUGCCUGUUUUUAAAGCUUGGAUAGAUGCAAUGAUACUUGAUACUGUUGGUACUUGUCAAUGUCUCUAGGUAUGUAUAUGCAACCCUGUAAAUACGAUGUCCUUUAUUGUUUUCUGUUGUUUUCUGUUGAUGUUGUAACCUACCUGCUGCCAUGUUGGGCAGGUCUCCCUUGAAAAAGAGAUCGAUGAUCUCAAUGGGACCACCUGGUUAAAUACAGGUUUGAAGGAAAAAGGGCUAUAGAUGGAAAGCCUGACAGAAUACAAUGCAGGAAUUUGUGCUGUGAUGGACAUGGGAUAACAAAUGGUGGUUUCAGUGAGUUUCAAUCAUGGUUGUAUAAAGAUAACUGGAUACAGCGUUGGGGGCAGGGCACCGUUCACUCGCAGGAAAAAUGCUCAGAGGCUCAUUAAGGCAAAAACGGAGCGACUGUAGAUUAAGAAAGUACACGGAUUGGCAGACACUUGGGCCAAUACAGUAUGCACAAUGGAGUUUUCCUUUAAGCCCCGCCUCCUAUCUCCCUCUCUCGGCUCAGUCAGAUGAAUGGAGAGAGGAAAAAACUCUGGAUUCGGCUUUUAGCGAUUUUUUAACUUUUAGAACAUAUUGAUUUCAAUAAGGGCUAUAAACGUGUUCGUACUGGGUGGUCGAUUUAGCUAAAGAGAAUGAUAUGCAGAUUUACAGAGAUCUCCUUCCCAAUGUAAGUCAAUGGGGAAAAGUGUUGUGAUGAAUUGACACAGAAGUUGUUGUACCAUCAGUUGGCCGCUAUGAAAAUUAGCUUCAACGGCCCGCACACUUCCUGGGAGCUUGGUUUCAACGAGGACAUUUCUGUCGUUGAGAAUCCCUACUUCUAUCUCACACUUGUAAAACAAAAGUUGUAUUAUACGAGCUCAGGUUGAGUUUCCAAAAUAUGAGAAGGACCCCUCAAAUCAUGCCCGAGCUAAUAGAUGUGUAAUCAGUUUGUGCGUUUAUGUGACUUGUGUUUCUUCUCACUGUUCCAGCUGGUACGGAUCAGAGAGCGCUCCUCUCCUGUUCGCCAGCAAACCUCCAGACCAGAGCCACCAGCACCAUUCCUUCUACUCCACCCCCCAGAACUGACCCCCACCUCCAGAAUCUACCCAGACUCCUCUCCACCAUCCGGGUCAGCGUGUCCUCCAGCACAGGCCACACACAGCCAGCAGCCCCCCCCCCCCCCCCGUGAACUCCUCUUGCACUGAGAUCCUCAGGAACUCAUCCGACAAACAGAGAAAAAGCACCUUGUAGAUUUUUAACAGAGAAUAUAUUGACAUUCUUUCUCGGCUCAAAGGGAACAAACUGGGUGGGAGACGCCAUGACCGACAGAUAUUGUGCUCAGUAAACGUGUGGUUUACAAUGGGUUCGCUUAUAGAUGAUACGUUCUUGUUCGAUUGUUUUUGUAACUAGCUCUUACAAUCCCGAAAAAUUGCACAUUUAGCUUCUAUAGCAUUCCUUAAAAUGAAUGCACAUAAAGUAGUUUAUAAGCUUGGUGACAACCACUGGAAAUAAUUAUAAAUGUCUUUUGACAAUGUUUCAUUAUGAUUCCACAUCAGCAGGUUGACUUGUUAUGUACAUUUAGCAAUUAUUUUUUAAUUUUUUAAGUUAAUAUCCUUCCCUGUAUGAUUGUAUAUUAGUUUGAAAGUUUAAGUUAUUUUAUAUCUGCACUUCAAUCAAAUGUUAUUUUACUUCAUGUUUACUGGAAAGAGGCUUCCUCAUAGCGAGUCACUGUCAUGUGAUUACCGCAUGAUUGAUAUUUGACUGUGUAAACAACAGACCAAUAAAGAAACUUUAAAGAGUU